UACGCCAUGACGUCACUAGGCGGCGGCAGGACCCUCCGGUUUGAAAGUAAACCGACCGCAGUGGUCGGAGCGGAGCCAUCAGAUUAUCAGUUUUUGGGCGUGUUUGACUUCGAGCUCGGCCUCAGCUCACUGAGCACACGGCGCUUCGCCUCACAAGACCCGGGGGCUGUUUCUUCCUCCGUGUUCUGCUGUUUGUUUCUGCCUUUAGCUGGUUGCUAACGUAGCUUUUUAAGCCAACAGUGAAAACCGUUAGCUUGUCCGUGCGCCGCCGUUGCCAUGGUGACGCUUCGAGGCAGAGGCGACGCGGGCUCCGAGACGCCGACGCAGGCUCCGACAGGGACCCGGAGAAGGAGCACGGGAUUUAACGAAGAGGAGGAGGAUGUGAAACCAAGGACCAUCAUCAUCAGGAAAUCUCAGAGGCUCCAGACUCCUCCAGGUGUCAGGAGGAGUGGUCUGAGGAGGAGCUCCAGGCCGACCAAACCCAUCAGGAGAUACCAGGCCCCCAACAUGACCAACGGCUUCAGCAUCAACUCGGCCCUGAAGAGGACGGAAAGAGUGAAGAAGAAGAAGAAGAGACGACUCAGCAACAACAAAGACCGAAAGAUCAACUCUAAAGCUCAGAGGAGGAGAACGACGGCGUCACACAGAGAAAACAAGGACAGCGACGAGGAGAGCGGUGUAGUUGCUGAUGCAGACAGUCGACAGGAAACCACUGCAGACGAGGACAGCAGCAGCAGCAUGGACCAGAGCUUUGAGGCCAAACUGAGUCGAGCCUCAUCACUGUACCAGGGACCGAGCAGCGGUCAGUGCUCAGCUGAGUUCCUGAGAGGAACCUUCAGGAUCAGCGCGUCAGGACCGAACACGAGCCGGAGACGAGCCUUCAGGUCCACUAAGAGCGCCUGGUCCAGCCCGUCUGACGAAGACCACGACUCUGACGACGAAGAGGAAAAGGCUUCAGGCAGCUGUCGUCCACUCGGCCUGAGGUCGGAGGAUCUUCUGGGGACUCGCAGAGACAAGAUGGCAGCAGGAGCAGGUCUGGCGGACAUUGACCCCAUGGCCAUCGAUCAGUCUGUGGGUUUCGACAGCAUCGGAGGUCUGUCAGGUCACAUCUCAGCGCUGAAGGAGAUGGUCGUCUUCCCUCUUCUCUACCCCGAGGUCUUUGACAACUUCAAGAUUCAGCCUCCCAGAGGUUGUCUGUUCUACGGGCUCCCGGGGACGGGGAAGACGCUGGUCGCCCGGGCGCUGGCCAACGAGUGUAGCCACGGCAACAGGAAGGUGUCCUUCUUCAUGAGGAAGGGGGCGGACUGCCUCAGCAAGUGGGUGGGCGAGUCGGAGCGACAGCUGAGGCUUCUGUUCGAGCAGGCGUAUCAGAUGCGUCCCUCCGUCAUCUUCUUCGACGAGAUCGACGGCCUGGCCCCGGUCCGGUCCAGCAGGCAGGACCAGAUCCACAGCUCCAUCGUGUCGACGCUCCUGGCUCUGAUGGACGGCCUGGACAGCCGAGGGGAGGUCGUGGUCAUCGGGGCCACAAACCGCCUGGACUCCAUCGACCCGGCGCUGCGACGGCCCGGACGCUUCGACAGGGAGUUCCUGUUCGGGCUGCCAGACAGAGAGGCCCGUAAAGAGAUCCUGAAGAUCCACACCCGGCAGUGGAAGCCUCCUCCGUCUGACGACUUUCUGGCCGAGCUGGCAGAGAAAUGUGUCGGUUACUGUGGCGCUGACAUCAGGGCGGUGUGCACCGAGGCGGCGCUGUGCGCCCUGCGGCGCCGCUACCCUCAGAUCUACGGCACCUCCCAGAAGCUCCUGCUGGACGUCUCCUCCAUCGCCGUCAGCAGCUGCGACUUCGUGGCGGCCAUGAGGAAGAUGUCCCCGGCCGCCCAGCGCUCCGCCGCCUCCCCGGCCAAACCCCUGUCCACCGUGGUCCAGCCGCUGCUGGGCGGCGCCCUGCGGGACACCCUGGGCGCCCUGCAGAGGCUGUUCCCUCACGCCGAGCAGGGCAUGAAGAGGAAGAGGGAGGCGGAUCUGACCCCUGGUCUCCCUGACGACGGCCUGACGUACGGGGACGACGCCUCCUCCACCUCCAACAUCUCCAACAUCUCCACCUCCUCCUCCUCCUCCUCCUCCUCCAAGACCAGGAGCUUCCUGCACUUUGCCAGGAGUGCGGUCAAGCAGCCGACGUCUCACCGGCCCAGGAUGCUGCUGGCGGGUCGACCGGGCUCCGGUCAAACCUCCCACCUGGCCCCAGCGGUGCUGUACGCGCUGGAGCGUUUCACCGUCCACAGCCUGGACUCCGCCGUCCUGUUUGGAGUCAGCAGCACCUCCCCAGAGGAGGCCUGUGCACAGGUUUUCUGCGAAGCCAAACGGACGUCUCCCAGCAUCCUCUACAUCCCGCACAUGCAGCAGUGGUGGGAGACGGCAGGGCCGGCGCUGAGGGCCUCCUUCCUCAGUCUGCUGGCCAGCAUCCCCUCCUUCUCCCCCAUCCUCCUCCUCGCCACCUGCAGCGUCCCCCAUCAGCAGCUGGACCCGGAGGUCCAGAGUCUGUUCAGGGAGGAGUACGGGGAGGUGUACACCAUCAGGGCCCCCACCAAGAAGGAGAGGACCGACUUCUUCCAGGAUCUGAUUCUGAACCAGGCGUCCGAGGCUCCGCCCACCAGGAAAACGCCACUGACCCAGACCAUGGAGAUCCUCCCUCUGGCUCCCCCGCCUCCCCCUCGCCGGCUCUCGGAGCAGGAGCGCCUCCGCCUGGAGGAGCAGGAGGAGGACGUGCUGCGCGAGCUCCGCCUUUUCCUUCGCAACGUCACCGAGCGUCUGAUUCUGGACCGACGCUUCAAAGCCUUCAUCAAACCGGUCGACAUCGAGGAGGUCCCAGACUACCUGCUGGUGGUCAGGAAGCCCAUGGAUCUGUCCACGCUGCUCGCCAACAUCGACGAGCACAAGUACGUCACCGUCAGCGACUUCGUGGAGGACGCAGACCUCAUCUGGCAGAACGCGCUGGAGUACAACCCGGACAACGACCCCAUGGACCGACACAUCCGCCACCGAGCGUGUGCUCUGAAGGACACGAUACGAGCCAUCAUCAGGGACGAGCUGGACGAGGACUUUGAGACAGUGUGCAGGGAGAUCAGAGUGUCUCGGUCUCAGAGAGCAGCUCUGUCCAGCAGCACUGAGGUCGAGCCGGUGGAGAACGACGUCUUCAGCCCCAGAAACAGUCCAGGACCCCGACCUCGUAAGAAAAGACGUUAUAAGAGAAAGUCCAAGUGGAGCACCGGCGUCAUCCAGAAACCCAAGAAGAAGAAGCCUCCUGUCUCCUCCUUCUCUUCCUCCUCCUCCUCCUCCUGCUCCUCCUCCUCCUCCUGCUCCGUGUCCAGUAAAGUGGACUCUGAGUCGAGUGGAGGCGUCAGAACCAGAUCUAUGAACGGUUCUGGUUCCUCCGUUAGCGGCUCUAACGGCGUCAUCGUGAAACCUUUCCACCUCCCGCUGGACGUCCUGAGGACGAAGCUCAGACACGGAGCCUGGACCCCCCCCUCCCCCCGGCCCAGGGGGCGGGGCCUGAACACCUUAGAGAGACACAGAAGCAGAGAGACGGGAUCCAACAUGGCGGCCGAGAAUCACGUGCAGCAGCUGAAUGGAGACAGACCCAUGGACGUGGACGUCCUCCGCCAUGAGACGCCGCCGCUGGUGGUCGACCACAACAAACUGAGGGAUCUGCUGAACAGAGCCGUGACUAAAACAGAGGGCGCUGAGGUGGAGCCUCUGGAGAAGCUCUACGCUCAGCUGGCCCAGAGCAUCUACAGACACAGGAGCCACCACAACAAGGCGGAGCUGCUCCAGGAAAUGAAGACAGAGAUCAACUCUUUCUCUUGAUCAGGUUCAUUUCUAAUAAAACCAUCGGUGCUUUCACA